AUGGCGGACGCGCCGCCAACGCGACGCAGGCGGCUGGUGUACAUGGAGAAGGGUGGAUCUCCUUCUAUCCCCAAGUCAACGUUGUGUCGCAUGAGAAAGGAAGGACUAAGUGGCCUCGGCAGCAGCCAGGACAGUGGCGAUGCAGCCUCCGAUACCUGCGAUGUCGGCUCCAGCGGACAUGAUACUUCAGUGGGGCAUAUCUCUGAAAGUGACAUUGCAAGUGAGAGGCUGGAAUUGAGCGACGUAGAUGUCGAAUCGACAAGCUUCCCGAGUGCAGAACCAAGCGGCGGUGAUCUUCCUCGAGCUGGUGCGGCGACAGGCACAAAUGCACUGACGUCCGCCCUCAGAGAAUUGGGCAGGGAAGGCUUACCCCACUCUUGUACCACCAAGGGGGAAGCAGUUGCCAUGGUGAUGUCAUUAAUGGUUGCUGGCGGGCUAAGCUGGGCCGACAUCGACAAUCUCCUAGUAGUCAUAAAUGCCAUGUUUGCACCAGCUGCAGAUGUUCUGCCUCGAAGCAAGUAUUUGUUCAGAAAGUUAUGGACAAAACAGACUGAUGCCCUGAUCCAGUAUCAUUUCUACUGCACAUGCUGCUCUGACCGCAUGACUGGAACACCUGACAGUGAAGAAUUGAUGUGCCGAACCUGCAGUCACCGUACCAGUGCUCGGCAACUAAAGAAUGAGGGUGCCUUCUUCGUGACGCUAAAUAUGCAUGACCAGCUGCAGCAUGUAAUAACAAAGACCAAGACAUUCCUUCAAGACGCCCUGACAAAGGUUCCCCCUCCUCCUGGUGAUAUCUCUGAUGUCACAGAAGGUCGAGCCUGCCGGGAGAUGAGAAGUUCAGGGACAUUGAACAAUGAUGAUGUCACACUAACUGUAAACACGGAUGGCAGCCCAGUGUUCUCAUCGUCGGGCGCUUCAGUUUGGCCUAUUCAGUUUCUGGUGAAUGAACUGCCUGCACCGGAGAGGUUCAAGCACUGUACACUUGCGGGGCUCUGGUUUGGGAAGGGCCAUCCUAACAUGGACCUCUUUUUGGAACAGUUUGUUGAUGGACUCAACUCCAUGGAUCCUGUGGUGUGGGAGCAUGACGGGCUGAGUCAUGCCUCUCGGGCGUACAUCCUGUGCUGGUGCCUGGACGCCCCCGCAAGAGCAGCUGUGCAGAACUGCACUCUGUUUAACGGGUACAUCGGGUGCCCGUGGUGCCUAACAAGAGGGGAGCACCUGGAUGGUAAGACAAGUAGCUCGCUGUAG